CGCCGCCAUCAGCGGAGCAGCAGACAUGGCGAUCCGCUACCCCAUGGCCGUGGGCCUCAACAAGGGCCACAAAGUGACGAAGAAUGUGUCGAAGCCGCGGCAGUGCCGCCGCCGCGGGCGCCURACCAAGCACACCAAGUUUGUGCGUGACAUGAUCAGGGAAGUCUGUGGCUUUGCACCCUACGAAAGACGUGCUAUGGAAUUGCUGAAAGUUUCCAAAGACAAACGCGCUCUGAAGUUCAUAAAGAAACGGGUCGGCACUCACAUUCGGGCCAAGCGGAAGCGUGAGGAACUCAGCAACGUCCUGGCAGCCAUGAGAAAAGCUGCUGCAAAGAAGGAUUGAGCUGUACGAUUCCUCACUCCACUCUCUCUGCAGUAUUGCUUGAUGAGAACAGUCAGGACAUCUGGGGUGAUUUUGGCUUUGUUUUCAUCCAAGCCACACAGAACUCGUGCUUGAGGGACCAARUACCUCUGAAAGAAAUCGUCCACCACAUCUUUCCAUUAGUAUUUGUAACAAUGGCUCAAUUGUUCCACAAUUUGUUGUCUUACUAGAGCAUUCUAAAUUGGAGGAGCUUUGUCCAGAAUACCACAUGCCUAUUAUUGGUUGGCAGGAUUGGCUGUAAAUAUAUAAAUCUGAAGUCGCUAAGAUUUUAUCCAGAUGUAGUUCACAGAGUGUCUGUGA